CAAAAUAUUACGAAAAUGAUGAUUGCUCCCACUAUUUUCGUAAGAAAUACAUACUUGUGUUCCUUUCUUCAUGCUCUACUACUUCGAGUGGAUCUUCUUUGGCUACAACUCUAUUACUAUGCCACCCUAUUCGUUUUAGGCUUCUUCGUUUUGGCCAACUUGGAACCAAGAGAUCCCCUUCAUCGCCCCAAAAACUAUGAUCUUUUCUUCACCACCGUCUCAGCUGCAACUGUUUCUAGCAUGGCCACAGUUGAAAUGGAGGUUUUCUCGAAUACCCAACUAUUUAUCUUGGCGAUUCUGAUGUUUUUGGGAGGAGAAGUUUUCACUUCAAUGCUUGAACUUCAAUUCAAAAAAUUCAAGUUAUUGGAGACGAAGAAGACUCACUUUAACUCUAAUGGUUGUACAGAUCUUGAGAAUGAUUUGAACUCUUUGAAAACCAACACAGAUUUGAAGUACAAUUCCAUGAAGUUGUUAGGGUUUAUCAUCCUAUUUUACAUCCUUACUGUGCAUAUAAGUGCAUUUCUUCUAGUUUCUCUAUAUAUAAGCCUUGUUCCAUUGGCAAAAGAAGUUACAAAUAGUAAAGGUGUUAGCAUACCCGUAUUCUCAACUGUUACCAUAAUCUCUACAUUCAGCAACGGUGGCUUUCUCCCAACAAACGAAGGUAUGAUGGUUUUCAAGAAAGAUUUAGGUCUGCUACUUAUUUUGAUCCCACUGGUUCUUCUUGGAAACACAUUGUAUCCUGURAUCCUUCGAGUUAUWCUGUUAAUUCUUGGUAAGGUGAGUAAAAGGGAGGAACUGGAGUACAUAUUGAAAAACCAUUCGGAKAUGGGGUACAACCAUUUGUUAUCAGGGGUCCGGUGUCGGUUUCUUGUUCUAACAUCUAUAGGGUUCAUAAGUAUUCAGUUUAUUCUUUUAAUAAUUAUGGAAUGGAAAUCUGAUAUCAUGGARGGGUUGAAUCCUUYGGAGAAAGUAGUAGGGUCUUUAUUUCAAGUUGUGAAUACGAGGCACGCCGGUGAAUCGGUGUUUGAUCUUUCCCUCCUGUCUCCAGCAAUCAUUGUGUUAUUCAUCACGAUGAUGUACCUUCCACCAUAUACAUAUUUCUUGCCAAGAGAAGACAAAACCAGUAAAUGUAAUGAAGAACAAGAGAAAGGUUUGAUUGGCUUCCUGUUCCUGAUCAUUUCACCCCUCACCUUGUUGGUCAUCGGAAUCAUGCUUAUUUGUAUCUCAGAAGGUGAAAAUAUGCGCAAAGACCCCCUCAACUUUAGUGUCUUAAACAUCAUAUUUGAAGUCGUCAGUGGGUAUGGAAAUGUGGGGUUCUCCAUGGGAUAUAGUUGCAAAAGACWWCUUCAACCUCAUGAAAACUGCAAAGAUGCAUGGUAUGGGUUUGCUGGAAGAUGGAAUAAUACYAGCAAACUCAUCCUUAUUGUGGUGAUGAUAUUUGGAAGACUUCAAAGAAUUCACAAGAAUGGUGGUAAAGCAUGGAAGCUAUCUUGACUUAAUAAUUAAGUUGCCUCAAAUCUCUUGUGGAUAUAGAGCUUCAUGUGUGCUACUUUUUCUGAGCUUAAACAAGGGGUUGUUUGCUUUUGUCUUCGUUAUGUCAAACCUUGUGUGGGUUAAGUUUUAUGUCCGAUAAAUUUGUCUGUCUGGAUAAAACUCUGUUGUUGUUUGAGGUAGGCAAAGAGAGUGAGGGUUAGAUUAUUUCUAGGACAUUUUUGAUAUUGAUUGGUUUGAUAUAUAGACAA